AUGUCUGUGCGUCCAGCAAGUCGGACUUGGGAGACCGACAUGGUCUGCAAAGACUGCAGGGAAGAUCCAUCGUUCGCGUUGGGGAAGCGGGUAAGUCCUGUGUCUGAAAUAUUUGAGAUACCGUGCUUGGGGAAGAUCCUAGGCUCCUGCAGCGAUGCCACUGUCAUCGUGCUGCGAGCUACGCCGCCACGCGUUGAGUUGAUGGGUGCAUUGGGCGUUAUGCAUUGGAAUGUGAUACUCAAGGGCCGCUGGUUGAGUCGGUCUGCGUUGACAACGUCGCACCCUGCUUUUGGAGCCGUGCAGGAGAAGUACGUUGCAUAG